AUGAAAUAUUUUACUGAAAUCUACCCACGACGAUGGUCCCUGAAACAGGAUUCCAUAAACUUCCGACGAAAUCCCUUAGGAAACUCACCAUUUCCGGGUGGAACUCGCCAGGAAUCCGAUGAAGAAGUGUGUCAUUUUGUAACAUGUGGUCAAAAUGGUAAUAUAUAUGUAUUUGAUAGAAAUUUAGAUCUUGUUAAACGUAUACGAUGUGAUGGUUCAUGUCAUCGUAUAGCUGUUCAUAAACGUUAUUUAUUUGUUGGGACAAAGACAAAUGAACUUGAAGUUCGAUCAUUUCCAGGUGGUGAUUUAUUACAAAAUUCUGAUUAUUUUGAUGAACUAGUUUCAGCAUCAGUACUUUGUUUAUCAAAUUCAUCUGUAUUUAUCGGAGCAAGAGAUUUUAAAAUUAUGAUGAUGAAUUUAAUCCAUGGUUCAAAUGAAAUGAAAUAUUUUCAUGGACAUAAAGCACCAAUAAUUGCAUUAAGUGUUUAUGAAAAUAAACGAUGGCUGGCAACAUUAUAUUGUGAUGUAUUACAAAAUCAAAUGAUAUUUUCUCAACAACGUGUUAAAAUUAUUGAAUAUUAUGAUGAAAAAGAAAAACAAAUUCAAUUACAAAGAAAAAUUCAACAUUCAAAUUUAACUGAUGCAAGUCGUUUAGCAAUUCUUAAAACUCGUAAUGAUUAUGUUCAGACGUUGAAAGAAGAAGGAAGAAAACAAUUAUUAAUUUUAACACAAGAUCGAUCAAAAUAUAAAACUAUUCUUGCUAAUCUUACUGCACAAGGACUUUUUCUACUUAUGGAAAAAGAUGUUACAAUUCGAUGUCGACGUAAUGAUCGUGAUCUUAUUAAAGAACUUAUUCCUGACGCAACAAAUAAAUUAAAAUGA